AUGCCGAUAACGCCGCAAGACAAAAGCUUCAUUGGCAGCGAAACCGCGGCCCAAGAGCUCUACGGUAUCGGCGUACGCCUCGGAUUCUACUUUCAAGGAAUUGGCCUCUUACUACAUAUAGCCCGAAGCCGAAAGUCCGCCGCGGGUCUCAAGUUUGCUAGUGGAAGCAUCUCGCUCUCGCUCCUCGUGUCAUGGACUGUCCUUGCAGCGAGACAGGCACUGAGUUCCUGCGAAGCAUACAUUGUCCUUUUACUCCUGUCCACGAUGACGCUACCCGGCCGCAUUGCAUUUAUGACCGAAGAUGUCUCACCCGGUGAAGGCGUGGGGAUAUUUCUGGUGCUAUUUGCGGAAACGUGGGUGACUACUGCAUACGGCUGGUUUUUUGUACGCCUCUCUGUUACGCUGCCAACACUGGGGACGAAGAACGUGACGUUUUUUUUCGCCAAAGUAUCUCUGCAAGGAUGGUUUAGGACGCUCGGACUCGUCGUCUUUUCUCUCACCUGUUUUACCAUGCUUUUCUUCCUAUAUUUUAGCAUAAGGGCACUACGGACAACCUUCGCUUCAUACCGAGAUGGAGGGCGACCACUGACUGAGGACGAGAAAAAGUCUGCAGUCCCCUUUGUGACCACGAUAGCAUCCUAUGCCUUCGCCCAUGGGGUGGAUACUUCAACACUCAACCCACAAGAGGUUGAGAUGAUAAAAACGCUCAUUCAACGCUUUCAUAAUUCUGCGAUCCGCAGCUUGGUCUCCAUCUUCUCAGUCUUGUUUUUCAUAACCACAGUCGAGCUCACUAUCCAUUGGAACGAUCUAAGCCCGAUUUCAGACUUGACGUCGCCUGGUCAGUUGAUCCCGCUUGUCACGGGGAUCGUUGCGCUGUGGGAUGACUUUCUUAUCUUGGUCCGCCCAAGGAGCUCUGAUGAACUUACUCCUGGAGCUAAUGGUAUGAUCCCUGUAUCGAGCUCGUGA